AUGGGCUCGCGCGCGCCGCACGUGCUGGUGGACACCACGCCCGCCAAGGCCGUCGUGGUCUACCGCAACGGCGACCGCUUCUACGUGGGCCGCAAGGUCGUGCUGUCGCGGCGCCGCGUGGCCACCUUCGAGGCGCUGCUGGAGCAGCUGACGGAGCAGCUGGGGGGGCCGAGCGGCGUCCGGCGCCUCUUCACCCCCACGCGCGGGCGCCCGGUGCGCGAGCUGGACGCGCUGACGCCCGGCGGCAAGUACGUGGCGGCCGGCCGCGAGCGCUUCCAGAAGCUCGAUUAUAUUAAUAUAGUUCCCAGCAAACCUGCAAAGAUGAGAAAGUUGAAGGAAAUCAAGCCGGUGGUACAUUGUGACAUAAAUGUGCCUUCCAGAUGGCAAACCUUCCACCGUUUAUCCCGACACAUACAUGUUUUCACAAAUGGAAGAUUGUUUAUUCCUCCUGUAAAGAUCAUUAUCCCCAGAUUCAGCCUGACGGAGUGGAACUGCGUGCUGGCCACGAUUGGAGAGAAGGUCUUUCCUCUGGGAGGCGUUCGAAAGUUGUUCACAAUGAAUGGGCACCUUCUGGUCAAUUCAAACGAUUUGCAAGACAACCACUUCUACGUUGCAGCAGGACUGGAGGCCUUCAAGUGCUUCCCUUACUGGAAGUCCCCAAGGGUGCCCAGCGAAGUCCAGCAAAAGUACACAGACCUUGAGAAGUAUUCACGAAGAAAGAAAAAGGAGGAUCCGAAGGUGAAAGAAACUCGUAACUAUGACAACGCCCCACCCGAAGCACAGGAUUCUGUUUUUUAUGCCAAAGAAGGAAAGAAGAAAUCAAAGGCAGAACCUUUAAUCCAAAGCGGGGCAGAUGGUGACGUGUAUAAAGCCCAGACUCCCAGCAAGGAAACCCAGGGCGCACCGGAAGUUAAGGAGGCCCCAGACGUGCACGUGGAGGUUCCUGUGGACCAGAAACCAGCUGAGGUAGUGAAAGAAGAGACACACAGUCACAUGCCUAGUUUUGAAAGCAACAAGACUCAGAACCAGCGAGAUGGAGAGAUCUGA